AUGAACUCAGCAUCAAAGUUAUUUGUUGUUUUGGCUUCACCAGCCAACCAACGUAAUAUGGCCACCUUAAAGGAUCUUAAGAUUCGUUUAGGUACUGUUAAAACCAUUUCUAAACUUACCAAAACUUUACAUAUGGUAGCUUCAUCAAAAUUACGUAGUGCAGAAAAGAAAGCAGAAGAAUCAGGUCCAUACAGUGUUGGUCCACAAAAAGUUUUAGGUGUAGUAGAAACUGCUGAUGCAUUCAACACCGCCACUGAACCAAUUGAAGAUAGAUCAAAUAAACAACUUUUAAUUGCCAUCACCACCGAUACUGGUAUGUGUGGUCCAGUUAAUCAUCAAAUCAUCAAAACCAUUAAAGCCCUCCUCAAAGAUGAUGCCAAACAAGAGAUUUUAGUUUCAACCACUGGUUUGAAAGGUGUUGCACCAAUCGUUGCCGAUUUCCCAAAUCAAUUUUUGAUAAAUGGUCGUGAUUUUGGUAAAGCAGAUUACAGUUUCCCAGAAGUUUUACUUUUCUUAAAUGAAAUCAUUAGCAAAGUACCAAAUUAUGACUCUGCUCUCGUCGUUUACAACAAAUUCAAAAAUGCCCUCUCAUACAGUGUCGAUCGUCAAUUCAUUCCAGGUUUCAAUCUCCUCGAAUUAAAUCGUGAUAAAUUCUACGAAUAUACUACCUCUGAAGAUCGUGCUGCCACCAUGAAAGAUCUCUCUGAAUUUUAUUUAGCCUCAUCCUUAUGGACUGGUUUAUAUCAAAACAGAGCCUCUGAAAUGGCUGCUCGUAUGGUUGCUAUGGAUAACGCUUCAAAGAAUGGUGAAUCUAUUUCUCAAGCUCUCGGUCUCCAAUAUAACAGAGCUCGUCAAGCUAUGAUUACCUCUGAAUUAAUUGAAAUCGUUUCUGGUGCCAGUGCAAUUGAAUCAAGUGAUUAA